AGGCAGUGCGCACAUAGUUUGACAGUUCGAAAAAAAAACAACAAUAAACACGUGUAGGGGCGCUGUGUUUUGUAAGGAAUAAUUUUCAUACAAAAUAAACAUGAGUAAAAAAUUAUUUGAUCAAUCCGAUGAAAGUGAAAAUGAAAUACAAGAACUUAGCACGAAUAAAGAAUAUGCAAAAUCUUAUAAUAAUUUUCGUAAAAAAGAACUUUUGAAGAAGUAUAAAGACCGAGGCUUAGAUGUGUCGGAAUCAGAUUUUUCUAGCAACGAUAGUGAUUCCUCAGAAGAAGAUGAUGUAGAAGAUACAAAAUUUGAUGAGGAAUUUUUCAAAACACUCGCUUCAUUAAAAAGUAAAGAUCCAUCCAUUUACGAUAAGAAUACACGAUUUUUUGACCACUUGGAUAGCGAUAGUGAAGAAACAAAGAAAGAAAAGAAAUCGAAGCCAGUAACAUUAAAAGAUUAUGAAAGGACAAUUAUACUUGAAAAAGGAGGAAAAUUCGAAGAUGAUUCCAAUUCAGAAACUGAAGACGUUGGAGAUAGAGCAGCUUCGCCCACAAUAGUUGAAGAAGAACGAAACAUCAAAGCUGAGUUUAAAAAAGUCUUAGGCAAUGAAGACUCUGAAGAUGAAGAGUUUGGUGGUAUUUUUAAAAAACGGCAAAAAACUAAAGAGGAAAAAGAUAAAGAAGAGGAAGAUUAUGUUAAUUGGUUAGCAGGAAAAAAAGAUGAUAUUGAAGAAAAUGCUAAAGAAAAAUUGGCACCACUUAAAAAUUAUUGGAGUAGCAACAAACUACCACAAAGUGAGCGUUUUUUACGUGAUUAUAUAUUAAAUAAAGGUUAUGAAAAUGCUAACACUAACGACAUUCCAACUUAUGAUGAAAUUGUUGGCAAUGAUACACUUUUAUCUGAAGACGAACAGGAUUUAGAAAAGCAAGCAGAAUUCGAGCAGAAAUAUAAUUUUAGAUACGAAGAACCUGAUGCGGAAUUUAUACAGCGAUAUCCGCGUACUAUAGAAAAUUCUGUGAGACGUACUGAUGAUAAACGCAAACAAAAGCGGCAAGAGCAAAAAGAACGUAAAAAACAAGAAAAAGAGCAGAAGAUGAAGGAAAUUGAUAUAAUUAAAGAUAUUAAAAGAAAGGAAAUUGAAGAAAAAAUACGCAAACUUAAAUUGGUUACUGGUAAUGAUGAGCUGGGGUUUAAGGAUGAAGAACUCGACGAAGACUUUGAUCCAGAUGCUCAUGAUAAAAGAAUGCAAGAAAUUUUUAAUGAGGAAUAUUAUCAAGUUGAUGAGGGCGAAGAAAAACCGGAUUGCCCUUCUGAUAUUGAUGAUUUAAAAAUUGAAGAUUGGGAUAAUUAUAAUCCAAAUUGUGGUAAUAAUGAUGAUUAUGAGCCUAAUUGUGAAGAUGAUGACUUCAAUAUGGAUUGUGAUUAUGAUCCUAUAGCUGCCAAAGAACAGCUUCAACAAGAACUUAUUGAGAACACUAAAGGCAGAAAAGGACGUAAACGUCGUAAGAAUAAAUUUAAGGAAAUAAUAGAAGCUGAAAAGCCACCAUUUAAUCCUGAAGAUGAACAAACAUAUGCAGAAUAUAUAGAUGAAUACUAUAAACUGGACUGCGAGGAUAUAAUUGGUGAUACACCUUGCCGUUUUAAAUAUGUUGAAACUGCUCCAAAUGAUUUUGGUUUAACAAUUGAGGAAAUUUUAUUGGCAAAAAAUAAGGAACUUAAUCAAUGGGUAAGUUUGAAAAAGGCUGUGCAAAUCAGACCUGAUCACAUCGAAAAAAAAGAUCAAAGAUUGUAUCGAUUAAAGGCGAAAAAUGAAGAAUUAAAACGCAAAAUAUUUAAAAGUUUAUAUGGCGAUGAAUCUGAUGAAGAUGAAGAAAAAGAUGUCGGGUUACAACAACAACAACAAGAACAAGGAAAAGAUGUUGUUGAUGUAAAACCAACCAAUAAGGAGAGUCAAGAACCUAAUUCUGUUAGUGUGGAACAGCCACAAACAGAAAAAGUUGAAAAAUCAAAGAAAAAGAAACGAAAGGCUAAAACAAUAGACACUUCAUCAGAAACGACAGUAAAAAAUCCUCAAACCGAAAUGUCUGUUCAUAAGAAGCCUAAGUUGGAGACCAAUUCUGAGUUAAUUGAUAAUCAAUCAGAUAAAAAUAAUACUACAAACAUUGAUUUGAAGCUUAAAAAUAAUACAAAUAAAAAUAAAAUGCAAACAAAUUAA